AUGACAUUGAUUAAAUAACAUUCCAAUUGGAAGAAUCUCUGUUUGCGGUCGUCUUUGCGCUUUCUACCUACCUCCCCCACACGCGAAUUAGUUUAUUUACAUCAGUGCUGCUUCAAAAUUCAUGUCCUCAGUGUCCAUCAAGGUUGGUUUUGAUUUCGUGUUUGUUAUGUUUUCUAAUUAAUUUCUGAGCAAUAUAAAUUGUGUAAGACAUCACAGUUAGUAGACAAAGCUUAAUUGAAUAUUCAUUGUUAGUCCGUUUAAUAACCAGCAUAUCUGUGUUUUAAUUUACAGUGGAGGAAGGUGUUGACGACUUACAAACCUUUAUGGAACUGGAUAACAACGAUUUCGAUCGCCUUAAGCUGCGUACUAAAGUCAUCAAAUUGAUCCAGCGUUUGCAGAAAGAACUCUACAACGAUCCGAUUGAAGAAAGACUGGAAGAUACUACCGAAGAUCAGGUUGAGGACGUUGGAACUGAUGAAGCUGAAAACUCCUUGAAUGGUAGCAGCAACUAUCAAGGCAUUACUCUGGACUCGGUGAUUGACAUUAACGUUAUAUUCAGACGUGCAGAGAAUGGCAAAACGAUCAUUGAACAGCUGAAGGAAGGACACAAGCCAGAUGAUGUUUGCAUGACGGAGAUAAAACGAAUUCUUUGUGAUUAUCUGAAGGCAGUGUAUGGUUUACGCCCGUCCGCCUACCAUAAGAAUAUUCUGGCUCAAAGUUUGGUGAAGUCAUACCCGGCAAUGUCAUCAUCUACUCCAGAUGUACCGCAAUCACUAUGGUUUCAUCCAAACGGCCGGGGUAAGCAUCGUCAUUGUGGCCGCUUACACUACCAUAUGGAGUAUUUGGCAAGGUCGUCCGGCGAGCGCGUCAUAAAUCGAACUAAACUGCAACCCGAAGAGACAAGCAGCGGAAAGGACGUUGACAUCGACCCUGACAGUUCGGAAUCAAACAUCGAUUUGGAGACAGUGAAUCAGGAAUUGAAAUUUCUGUGUCCAGGACCAAAUACCAAACUACGUGCUGACGAACUAUGGCGUAUAACGUUCAAUGAACGGAAAGACAUGAGAGAAAAAGGAUCAUUCUAUUCGUAUCUCCAGACGUAUCCUGUGGCUACAGCGUUCAAUGGAGCUAUGAUUUCGUUGGAUUUUCGCAUGAUGUUUCCUAAGGCCCCAAAUUUCCAAGAAAAAUUUGAAGGUCUUCAGUCAAAAAUCUUGACGCGCUAUGCAGAACUGUUUAAACACGUGAAAAACGAUUUCAUUCGAACUCUCAUGAUUAUUCGACAAAAGUGUCCAAGCCGAGGAGCGAAACGAACUCGAGAUGCAGAUCCAGCGAAAGAUAACAUUUUGAAGGGAAUUAUUGAAUGGAUUAAGCCUGAAGACCCAUACCCGAUUUCAAAUGAGGUGCCCAUACUUUAUGUGAAAGGAGAUUUCAUGGAGAAUGGAGCAAGUGCAGCUGUAGCUUGGAAGGGCAGCAUCAUUUUGAUGGAAAGCGACAUAAAUCACUGCUUCCAAGUGCUGUGCGAGGCCCUGCUUGUGUUCAACAGUGCGUGCCAGCCCACUGAUAAACAAUUCUACACAUUCAUUUGGAAUGUUUUCUGUGGGGUUGGCCUGUUGACCACUACUGGAGAGCGGCUGUUGAACAGCCUUUGAUUGGUUAUUCAUUCGUUUGCGUUAGUUUCAUUUACCAUAAACGAAAAAACUCGUUUUUUUAUUUACACAUGAAAUGAAGAAUCAUUGGAAUUCGAAGAGCAAAUAAAAUCGAUCAUUUUGUGUCGCCUUU